CUGUGUUUUUAACAUGUUUUCAACACGCUCCCGUAAAGAGUGUCUGUCCGCCGAGAGACUUCAGUACUUUGACCCAAAAAUGCGUUGUUAAACUCUCUAUGUUCGUCGAGACCUUAUGAAAAAGGCAGAGCUGUUGGACAGAGUUGUCAGUCGCGUGGUUGUGCUUCAGAGGAUUAACAUUAGCUCAAGAUAGCUAAGCUAGCUAAUAAUACCACUGUGACCAGUUGUACUCCAGGCUGCCCAGUUGUGGACAUAUUUUCGCACUUUUUGCACGAAGAAAUGCAAGUCAAAGAGUUAUUUGUGUCUGCUCCAGGAAAAGCGAUUCUCCACGGAGAGCAUGCGGUGGUGCAUGGAAAGGUGGCCCUUGCUGUCAGUUUAAAUCUGAGAACGUAUUUACGGUUACAAGGCACCACUACUGGCAAAGUUUGCAUCAACCUCCCAAAUAUCGACACAUUCCUCUGCUGGGACCUAUCUGAAUUGAAACAGCUUGUUGCCUAUUCUUGUGGUAAGAGGGAAGAGGUUAAACUUCUGGAUGCUGAACUUGUGAGAAGACUGCGUGAAUUUGUUGGGGUCACCAAUGGAAACUUGGAUACCUGCAACAUGGCCACCCUCGCCUUCCUCUACAUCUAUCUCUCACUGUUUGGAUCUAGUGAGUUGCCCAGCUUGACGGUGUCUGUGUGGUCGGAGCUGCCGACUGGAGCAGGACUGGGGUCAAGUGCUGCCUACUCGGUGUGUUUGGCUGCAGCUCUGCUCUGUGCAAGCGGAGCCAUCCCUGCUCCUCUCAGAGAGUGGGAUCACACUGCCAGGUGGUGUCAGGAGGACCUGGAGCAUAUCAACAGCUGGGCUUUCCAAGGGGAGAUGAUCAUCCAUGGUAAUCCUUCAGGAGUCGACAACGCCGUCGGAACGUGGGGUGGCAUGCUGAGAUUCUUGGCCGGGAAGAUAAUACCACUGAGCAGGGUGCCGUUAUUAAGAAUCCUCCUCACUAACACAAAAGUACCACGUAGCACAAAGGUACUUGUUGCCAGGGUGAAGGACAAGAUUAACAAGUUUCCCUCUGUCAUGACCCCGGUGCUUGACUCUGUUGAUGCCAUUUCCUGCACUUGUGAGAAAGUCCUUUCAGAUAUGACCUGCAAGCCCAUCACUGGAGAGCACUACAAUAUUCUAGAGGAGCUCAUUGACAUGAACCAGCACCACCUGAAUGUGAUGGGUGUGGGACACCCUGCCCUGGACACACUGUGCCGGGUCACAAUGACCAAAGGGCUCCACAGCAAGCUAACGGGCGCAGGGGGAGGAGGAUGCGGCAUCACCCUACUGAGACCAGAAACGGACUCCUUCGUUGUCCAGACUACAGUGCAGGACUUGAAAGACUGUGGCUUUGACUGCUGGGAAACGAGUAUUGGCGGGCCGGGGGUCCAGCAGCACUCUCCUCUCUCUGUUAAGGAGGAAGUUCUGGAGAUUUUAAAGCGUUACUGAAACCAUGGCUGAACAAGAGGACAAGCAAUCUUUAGUCUUCUUGUUUUUUACUUCAAGACGUUAAAUAUGCUUGACUAUUGAAGUAAGCCGAGUGGACCGGGGAAAAUUUCCAACUGAGCGGAGCUGGACAAACCUUAGCGAGUGAAAAACAAUCUAAUCAAUUUUAAACUAACAACCAGGCAACUGUGUCUCUAACAUAUUACUGAUACUCAUUUUGAACUUUGGGAAAAUUAGUGAUCCUUGAGGGUACAAGUAUAUGUUCUGAGCACUUUGUCCAUUAGAUGGCAUCAGAGUUGCACCAAAGCUUUUUAUAAAAAAGGAUUUAUGGUAGGAGGCUCUGAUAAAUUGAUUAAUGUGUAAGUGAAGCACUGGCAGGAUUAAUUUAUAGUUUAAUCCAAAUGUUAAAUGCAGAAGGGCCAACAUAUCUUAAUGGAUUAGAGGAUCGUCAGGCAUUAAUUGCUCACUCUUACCACUUUAACAUGCAAUGUUUUUGUAUAACUGCUUUGAGGAAAGUGGUCAUUUUAUGUAAAAAUGAUGAUGGAGAAGGAGUUUGAUGAAUGAAAUAGUUUUUGUGGUUCUGUAACAAAACCGGAUGACCAUUAUUUGAAUGUGUAAUUUAGUCUUCACUGUUCUACAUUAAGGUUUAUCAAAGUGACCGAGCUUUGAUCUUUUGCUGCAUUAUAAUUAAUGUUGGUGAGAGCAGGAAACAACAUUGUCAUAAAUAUACUAUGAAGACUAUUUGCAUAUAAUGUAAAAUUUUCACACUCUCAUAAAUUAUUAUAUAAACAAAUGUAUGCUGAAUAGAGCUGCAACAAUUAAUUGAUUAGUUGCUAUCUAUUAAAAUAUAU